AUGUCCAACCGUGUUGACGUCCACCACCACUUCGUACCUCAAUUCUACCGCGAUGCGGUCGUCGGGGCUGGUGGAGACCCAUCCGGAUGGGAGAUUCCUCAAUGGUCCAAAGAAGGUGACGAAGCUUUCAUGAAGAAAAACGAAAUCACCACCACAAUCCUCUCCUUGACUGCCCCAGGAGCAUGUAUCCUCAAAGGCUCCGCAUCAGCCAAGCUCGCCCGCGACGCCAACGAGUACGCCGCCAAGAUGCGAGACGAAAACCCCGCUCGCUGGGGCUUCCUCGCUGCCCUACCUUCUCUACUCGACAAAGAGCUCGCCUUAGCAGAACUAUCACACGCCCUGGACGAGCUCAAAGCCGACGGCGUCACACUCUUCACUCGUUAUGGACCAGAUAACCAUUAUCUCGGCCAUCCGGAUUUCAAGUAUAUCUGGGAAGAACUUUCUCGCCGAGGCACCGUUGUGCUAGUCCACCCAACUCAUCCUGUUGACACGAAUCUGAUCAGCAAACUGCUUCCUCAGCCCGUCAUCGACUACCCUUUCGAAACUACUCGCACGGCUGUGGAUCUCAUUGUCUCCAAAACGGUGCGCAACUACCCAAACAUCAAGAUCAUCCUCUCACACGCGGGCGGGACCCUUCCGUACCUGGUGGGUAGACCGGCUACGGUCCUGCCAUAUCUGUCUAAAGACCAUGUGACUGAAGAUAUGUUUGAGGAUGCGAGGAACUUCUAUUAUGAUACUGCGGUCGCGGGAAGCGAGAAUGUUCUUACCGUGUUAGAGAAAUUUGCGAAGCCGGGCCAUGUGUUGUAUGGGAGUGAUUAUCCAUAUGCGGGACCGGGCAUCAUCGGCUAUCACACGGAUGGGUUGGAUAAGUUUGCAUUCAAGGAUGGGAAUAUGUUGAAGGGGAUCAACCACGAAGCGGCGUUUGAGCUGUGGCCGAGAUUGAAGCAGUUCCAGAAGUAGAUGGG